GCUCCCGAUCCUGAUCAAAAGUAGCGCCCUACAUAGGGAGGGAAUAGUAGGGUGUCAUUUGGGAUGCUUCCCAUAUACAUGUAUAGGGCCCCUAGUGAGUCCCCUUGUGAGUCCCCUAGUGAGGUUCCUAUUGAGGCCCCUAGUGAGUCCCCUAGAGAAGUCCAUAGUAAGUCCCCUAAUGAGUCCCCUAGUGAGGCCCCUAGUGAUUCCCCUAGUGAAUCCCUUAGUGAGGCCCCUAGUGAGUCCCCUACUGAGGCCCCUAGUGAGUCCCCUAGCGAGGCUCCUAGUGAGUCCCCUAGUGAAUACCUUAGUGAGGCCCCUAGUGAGUCCCCUAGUGAGGCCCCUAGUGAGUCCCCUAGUGAAUCCCUUAGUGAGGCCCCUAGUGAGUCCCCUAGUGAGGCUCCUAGUGAGUCCCCUAGUGAAUCCCUUAGUGAGGCCCCUAGUGAGUCCCCUAGUGAGGCUCCUAGUGAGUCCCCUAGUGAGGUCCCCAGUGAAGCUCCUAGUGAGGCCCCUAGUGAAUCUCCUAGUAAGGCCCCUAGUGAGGUCUUUAGUGAAGCUCCUAGUGAGGUCCCUAGUGAGGUCCCUAGUGAAGCUCCUAGUGAGGUCCCCAGUGAGGUCCCUAGUGAAGCUCCUAGUGAGGUCCCUAGUGAGGUCCCUAGUGAGGUCCCUAGUGAAGCUCCUAGUGAGGUCCCUAGUGAGGUCCCUAGUGAAGCUCCUAGUGAGGUCCCUAGUGAGGUCCCUAGUGAGGUCCCUAGUGAGGUUCCUAGUGAAGCUCCUAGUGAGGUCCCUAGUGAGGUCCCUAGUGAGGUCCCUAGUGAAGCUCCUAGUGAGGUCCCUAGUGAGGUCCCUAGUGAGGCUCCUAGUGAGGUCCCUAGUGAGGUCCCUAGUGAGGUCCCUAGUGAGGUCCCUAGUGAGGUCCCUAGUGAGGUCCCUAGUGAGGUCCCUAGUGAGGUCCCUAGUGAGGUCCCUAGUGAAGCUCCUAGUGAGGUCCCUAGUGAGGUCCCUAGUGAGGUCCCUAGUGAGGUCCCUAGUGAGGUCCCUAGUGAAGUCCCUAGUGAGGUCCCUAGUGAGGUCUCUAGUGAGGUCCCUAGUGAGGUCCCUAGUGAAGCUCCUAGUGAGGUCCCUAGUGAGGUCCCUAGUGAGGCUCCUAGUGAGGUCCCUAGUGAAGCUCCUAGUGAGGUCCCUAGUGAGGUCCCUAGUGAGGUCCCUAGUGAGGUCCCUAGUGAAGCUCCUAGUGAGGUCCCUAGUGAGGUCCCUAGUGAGGUCCCUAGUGAGGUCCCUAGUGAGGUCCCUAGUGAGGUCCCUAGUGAGGUCCCUAGUGAGGUCCCUAGUGAGGUCCCUAGUGAGGCUCCUAGUGAGGUCCCUAGUGAGGUCCCUAGUGAGGUCCCUAGUGAGGCUCCUAGUGAGGUCCCUAGUGAGGCUCCUAGUGAGGUCCCUAGUGAGGUCCCUAGUGAGGUCCCUAGUGAGGUCCCUAGUGAAGCUCCUAGUGAGAAAUAA